UUUUGUGAUUUGCCUUAAGAAGGAGAAAAAAAAAAAAGAAAUCAUUUAGAUUUUGGAGGUUAGAGAGAGAGAGAGAGAGCAGCGAUGGCCCGGCGAGUCGCGAAUCCGAACGAGUCGACAUUGACUCGGAUUGUUGAUUCCGUGUUCGCCUUUGUGAGACACGCUGAGUUUGAGAUCCUCUUCUUUCUUUUCUUCUUCAUCGCUUAUAUCCUCUUCAAAGAUAUCACAUCAAGACCUGAAUACAAUCAAUUAUUUGUGAAGAAGCCUGGUGGUGGACCAGAAGUUUGGCCCUUUUAAAGGAAACCGACAGGUUGGUUGUCGUCCUUGUAGGUAUUCUUAGCACGCCCUGUGAUGAUUUUGCAUGUUUCCUUUUGUAUUUGUAUAUUUCUGUGAUGUAAUUUUAUAGGCAAAACAGUUGAAAAACUACCACAUAUUUGUAUGGUGUUAUAUUCCAGUUAGGUAUAGCACUGUCAGUUUUUAAAGUUGACCAUAUUUUUUCUAUUCUCUCAGUUUCAAAUUUGAUGGGCUUGUUUGAUACUAUAUAUCUCUUUUCUACCCAGCUUAGAAAUAGAAGUGCUUGGAUCCUUUUAAUUCAUGCUCAAA